AGUCGACACGUGAUCAUUUUACUUACAUUGUACAUUACGUUAUAUUAUUUUACGUUUUGCGUGCAAAGUCUAAUGAUGACUCGAUGAGUGUUUAGUGCUAAAUAUUUAAUAAAAAAAACACAAAAUGUCUGAAGGCUUAGAAAAAUAUGGCACCUCAUAGUUGUAAAGGUUGUUUAAGAGAUAUUGUAGCAGCUAAAAUGGCUAAAGACAAUAGAAAUACUCCAAUGGAAGUAAAUGGAGUAGACGAAAAUGGAAUAUCCGAUAAUCCAUCGAUGCCUUGGUUUGGAAUGGAUAUUGGUGGAAGUUUGUGUAAGCUGGUGUAUUUUGAACCAAAAGACAUCCCUAAAGGUGAAUCUACAUCGGAAGUUGAAACGUUAAGAAAUAUUAGAAGAUAUCUUACCAAAAAUUCUGCCUAUGGGAAAACAGGACAUCGUGACACCCAUUUACAAAUGGAUAAUGUGGUAAUAAGGGGAAUAGUAGGGGCAUUGCAUUUUAUUCGUUUUCCCACUAGUGAAAUGAAAAAUUUCUUAGCUCUAGCGAAAUAUAAAGGAAUGGCUACACUAGUGACAACUGUUUGUGCAACGGGAGGGGGAGCUUACAAAUUCGAAGAAGAUUUUCGAAGAGAGGUUAAUAUGAAACUAGCAAAAUUCGAUGAGUUUGACUCAUUACUGAAAGGUCUACAGUACAUCGAUAAAAAUAGUCCAACAGAAUGUUACUAUUGGGCAAAUCCGACUGAUGAAAGCAAAUGUGCCAAAGUUAAUUAUGAUUUUUCAAGUCCAUACCCUUUCCUUAUAGUGAAUAUUGGAUCGGGAGUUAGCGUCUUAGCUGUGUAUUCUGCCACAAAUUAUAAAAGGAUAUCGGGUACAAGUAUAGGGGGCGGUACCUUCUUGGGUCUCUGUUGUUUGUUGACCGGUUGCAAUACGUUUGAGGAAGCGAUAGAACUGGCAGCAGAGGGUGACCAUACUCACGUUGACAAAUUGGUCAGGGACAUUUAUGGUGGCGAUUACGAACGAUUUGGUCUUCCCGGUGACUUGGUAGCUAGCAGUUUUGGACAAAUGAAUUCUCGGGAGAGGCGCAGCAAAGUCAGUCGGCAAGAUCUGGCCAGGGCGACAUUAGUUACCAUCACCAACAAUAUCGGAUCGAUAGCUAGGAUGUGCGCAACACAAGAAAAAAUCGACAGGGUUGUCUUCAUCGGUAACUUCCUGCGAGUUAAUCCCAUCGCAAUGAAGCUACUAGCGUACGCUAUGGACUACUGGUCAAAAGGGACCAUGAAGGCGUUGUUCUUGGAGCACGAGGGGUACUUUGGCGCCGUUGGAUGUCUACUACAAUUUCAUGAAGAUAUAAAAAGUUGAAGUUUGUAAACGAAAUUGUGGUUCUUGCCUUUUAGAUUGGUUUUGCUAUGUUACGAACAUUCCAAAUAUGAAAUGGGGAUUUUAGUACAAAUCACCAAGGUCCAAAGGAAGUGGUCGCAUGUAGGCAUUUUAAAACUAGGAAUAGAUUUUGUAUUACAUAUUUUUUAACACUAUAGAAAUUUUAUCGUGGCUCUUUCACAUUUAUUUAUAUAGUUGUUUUAUAUGUUUUUAUUAUAUUCUCUUUAUUUAUUAAGACAAAAAAGCUUUACUAUCAGUUCGUGAAAAGGUAUUUGACAUAUUUUAUUUAUCAUAAUCGAAACGGUGUUGGCUGUUCUUGUUAUUAAAAAUAAGGCACGC